UCAACUUCCUAGCGGGAAGCAGCUAUCGGGGACGGUACUAGGACUGCAGGAAUUAAGAGUAAAGAUCCCUUUUUCAUGAUGAGACUGUCCCGAGCAGAAUAUAAAGAGAUAGUGCGAUGGACUGAAAAACUGAGACCUACACGCCGAUGCAUGAAGAUACUGAAGGACAAGUUUCCAAGUCACUCGCAGUCCACUCUUCUGAGCAUCUUCUCCCUGGAGUACCAGAAAUGGAUCAAAAGGACAUUCUCAAGACACCAUGUGCCGGAUGUUAUUGAAAGCUACUACCAAAGGUAUCUGAGUGAAGCCAAGGCACAGCCUACUGCUCCUGUCCUGCUUGAAUUGGCCAAUGAGGUGGAUCUGUCUCCUGCGCUGAUGGCUCGUAUCAUCCUGGACAGGUUUCUUCAGGGCCAGGAUGGUGGAAUGCCAUCUAAAUCAGUCCUCAACAGCAUGCUGAAGGAGCCAUCUUUAAUUCCAGACCAAAUUUUGGCCAGUAAUGUCUACCAAUGCACAAUAAAUGACUGCUGUUAUGGACCGCUGGUAGACUGCAUCAAACACGCCAUAGGCCAUGAGCAUGAAGUGCUGCUCCGGGAAAAACUGAAGGAGAAGAACCUUUCCUUUCUGGAUGAAAACCACCUGAGAACUAUGGGCUACGACAAAACACCUGAUAUCAUCCUGGAGGUUCCAGUUGCUGUGGAAGGACACAUUGUACACUGGAUUGAGAGCAAAGCCUCUUUUGGAGAUGAUCAAAGCCAUCAAACCUAUCUCAAUGAACAAUUCUGGAGCUAUUGGAACAGGUUUGGUCCAGGCCUUGUGAUCUACUGGUAUGGCUUUAUUGGAGAGCUGGAUUGCCAGAGAGACAGAGGUAUCCUACUCAAAGACUGCUUCCCUACAGACAUUGUCACCCUGUGCCAUGCCACGCAACAAGACCGAUCACCUGAGAGCCAGAAUAAAGACAAAGAAUGAGAAAAGAUCAGAAGCAAGAAUAAAACCAAAGUACAGAUGAAAGAAUGAAUGGGAGGAAAGAGGGAUGACAACAAGGAGGUGGGAAGGGUACGAACACUGAAUUUUGCAGGGGUGGAUACCUAGAUCCGGAAGCAAUUUGGCUUUCCUGCAGUGUGAGACUACUGGCAAAAAAUCUGCCCUGAACUUCACCUGACCCUCAUUCUCUCUCUCUCGCUCUCUCUCUCCCUUUCUUCCUCUCAUUCACUGCUCCAAAGCGGCCGCAUGUAAAUGCACACCAGCAUUCUCUAUAUAUCUGACGUCACUCAUAGUCAUACCUGUAAAUGAAAAACAUGAUCUGGGAGGCUGCUCUGGUCGUGGUCAACACCUGGCCCUUGGAUGGCCUCUUGCACUGGAGGCUACGGUGCAAGCCAGGGCCGAAGCAGGACAUAAGGGCCUUCCUUAUCACGCUCAGGCCCUGGCCUUUGUCACUCCUUCCUCCUCCGUUCCAUAGGCAGAUAAGAGAGGUGCGGUCUAGGGGCUGGGUGACGCCUGUCUCUCACCUGCGUCACUCAGUGCCCUCUCAGUCACUCUCCAGCGGGAUAAACAGGAUAGUUUCUGAUUAAGGUUGGCCCCUCAGUGACCCUUUUCACAUUAUAAAAUCUUUUUUUUUUUGUUAGCACAUAUGCUUGACAGAACUGUUCAUGCUGCUGUCAGUGUUUAUUUCUUAACUGCGCAACUAAUAUUCAAAUUCAAAGUUCCACUAACCUAAUUAAGAGCAAAUUUUGAUACAUUUACAAAAAAGGAAUUUUUUUUUUUUUACAUUUGUUGGCUUCAUGUUUACUGUAGAGUUAAAGUUAUUGAUAGAAUUUCCAAUAGGUGUGAACAAAAUUGAAUAAUUUUCUAUUUUUUUACGUUGAAUAUAUUAAUAAUUUUUCACUGCAUAAUGUCAUAAAAUAAUGAGCAUAGCCGUGACAGUUUGCCUAAAGCAAAGCCAUAUUGAAAUUGGGAGUAAUGUGGUAGCCUAACAGUAUUCACUUUAAAAGGAUAUAAAAUAAGUGAAGAGCUUAUCCUCGCAUUUGUGAACCUACGUUUGCUUGACCAGUGUGUUUACUUAGUAAAAUAUCAAAACCAGGAGCUUUUUUACUUGUUUCACAGUAAUAAAAAAUAAAUAAAAAGACUAUUAGAAUCA